AUGGAAGGAUACCGAGGCAGUAACCGUGGCAGCUUUAUUGCUGGACGAUCAGUACAUAACCAAUGUAUAGAAAGGUUGUGGUUAGAUUUAAAACGUGUCAUUAAAAUUUAUAUAAUUAUUUUUCAUUAUCUAGAAGAAAACUGUGGAUUAGAUAUUGAAAAUGAAGUUUAUCUGUAUUGUUUACAUUAUGUUUAUUUACCAAGACUUAAUAAUAUUUUAAAGUUAUUUUCAGAUGCUUGGAAUUCUCAUUCAUUACGAACUGAACAUAAUUUAAUACCAAUACAACUAUUUACUAAAGGUAUGAUGCAAUAUGGUAUUAGAGGCUUAGAAGAUUCAGUAAUUAAUCCAACAGAAUAUGGCAUUGAUUGGAAUGGCCCUAUUCCAUCAGUAGAAUCAGAUACAGUUAUUGUAAACGAACCAGGUAAUAUUUUAGAUAAUGAUCAAUAUACAAAUUUAAUAUCUAGGGUUAAUCCAUUACAAAUUGAUAAUUGUUAUGGUAUCAAUGUUUAUUUAGAAUGUGUAUCUGUAGUUGCUGAAAUAUUGAGAAAUUCUUAA